GAGGAGGAAAAAGGAAACCGGAGAAAGUUUCUUUUUCAUCCAGGACAAAAAUAAUAAACAUAUAUACGGCGUAAUUCUGCAGAGCUCGAGUUGGUCAUGAAUUCAGUUUGUUUUUUUGUUUGAAAUAACCCAGGAACUCGGUUGAAGGAAACAAAAGAAAAAGCCGGAAUAAAAGAAAGAAAGAAGACCCGGUGUUUAAACUUUAAAGUCCGACGAGGAGCAUCUUUUAACAGAUGUCUUCUCUGUGUUCUUAUGCUGCUUGAAGAUUUCAAGAGGAAAAGGGAGCGAAAGAAAAAAUGGAGGGAGGAGAAAGGAGAGAGGUGGAAGAAGAGGUGAGGAUACAGGAAGAGGAAGAGGGGGAAGGAGAAGAGGAGGUCAAAUCACUGAAACCUAAAUCAAGGAGAUUGGCCGAGGAGGAGGAAACAGAGUUAGAAAUGAUGAAGGCUUUCUCCAGAGGCAAAUCUCAAAGUGAACCAACCAGCGGACGCACCCCGAUCUCCGCCUCCUCCUCCUCCUUCACCUCCUUCCCUUUCCUCACCUCGUCCCUCCACCGAGGGCGAGGAGGACCGGAGGCGGAUGGCGAGGACGACGAGGUCAGAGUCGCCAUAGUCACCAUCGAGGACGAGUCCUGUCCGUCCGAGCCCUUCGGCACCACCCACCUCGAACCAAACGAUCCCAUCGCACAUACAGAAAAUGGAGGAGAGGGAAAGGAGGAGAAGGAAAAGGAGGAAGGGGAGCUGGAGGAAGUGGAGGAGGAGAAGGACAAAGAAGAGGAGGAGGAGGAGGAGGAGGAGGCGACGUCACCUUCGUCUCACCUGCAACACCAGAUGAAGAGGAAGCUGGAUCACGGUCCCGACGGCCGUCCCUUUCCUUCAGGGAAGAAGCACUGCAAGGGCAGCGGUCACCUCAGUCCCUCCAGUCUGGUUCAGGCCACACCCACCACCUUCGGUGACCUACGGCUGGCCAAUGGGCAUUCAGCCCAGCGGCGGAGGGUCACCUCGGGCCCGCCUCCUUCCGGCCUUCAAGACUGGCUUCUUACCUUCCAGACGUGGAGUGGUCCCGAGAGGCUGCUGGCUCUGGACGAGCUGAUUGACAGAUGCGAGACCAAUCAGGUGAAGCACGUGAUGCAGGUCAUCGAGCCUCAGUUCCAGAGAGACUUCAUAUCCCUGCUGCCCAAAGAGCUGGCCCUGUACGUCCUGACGUUCCUGGCUCCCAGAGACCUGCUGCAGGCCGCCCAGACCUGCAGGUACUGGAGGAUCCUGGCCGAAGACAACCUGCUGUGGAGGGAGAAGUGCCGCGAGGAAGGUAUUUCAGAUUGUGCGUCAUAUCCUCGCAGGAAGUGUGCACCACUAGAGGAGGCGUCCAGCCCGUGGAAAUCUUCCUACAUCCGACAACACCGCAUAGAGACCAACUGGAGGAAGGGGGACACACGGGAGCCCAUGGUGUUGAAAGGUCACGAUGAUCAUGUGAUCACGUGUCUCCAGUUCAGCGGCGACCUGAUCGUCAGCGGGUCGGACGACAACACGCUCAAAGUCUGGUCGGCCAUCACCGGCAAGUGUAUGAGGACGUUGACGGGUCACUCCGGGGGGGUGUGGUGCAGUCAGAUGGCCGUUGCCACGGUGAUCAGUGGCUCCACCGACCGGACGCUGCGCGUGUGGGACGCAGAGAGCGGCGACUGCGUGCACACGCUGUACGGACACACGUCCACCGUGCGAUGCAUGCAUCUCCACGGCAACCGGGUGGUGUCCGGCUCCCGGGACACGACGCUACGGGUCUGGGACGUGUCGACGGGCCGUUGUGAGCACGUGCUAACGGGCCACGUGGCGGCGGUGCGUUGCGUCCAGUACGACGGGCGGCGCGUCGUCUCCGGAGGAUACGACUACAUGGUGAAGGUGUGGGACCCUGAGACGGAGGUGUGUCUGCACACACUGCAGGGACACACCAACAGAGUGUACUCACUGCAGUUCGAUGGUGCGUUUGUGGUGAGCGGUUCUUUGGACACUUCCAUCAGAGUCUGGGACGCAGAGACAGGUGGGUGUGUCCAUACGUUAACCGGCCACCAAUCGCUGACCAGCGGCAUGGAGCUGCGUGACAACAUCCUGGUGUCCGGGAACGCCGACUCCACGGUUCGAGUGUGGGACGUCCGGACAGGACAGUGUCUCCACACGCUGCAAGGUCCCAACAAGCACCAGUCAGCGGUGACGUGUCUCCAGUUCUGCCGAGGGCUGGUCCUGUCCAGCUCGGACGACGGGACGGUCAAACUGUGGGACCUGAGGACCGGAGCUUGGCUGCGGGACGUGGUGGCGCUGCAGAGCCGGGGUUCAGGUGGCGUCGUGUGGCGAAUCAGAGCGUCCGACACUCGGUUGGUUUGCGCCGCCGGCAGCAGGAACGGCACCGAGGAGACCAAGCUGCUCGUGUUAGACUUCGACCUGGACGACACGAAGAAGGAGGAGGAGUCGGACUAAUGAGGUUGAGGGACGUGACAUCAUCAACCUGGGACAAAAGAUGAAAAUAUAGGAUUUUGCUUCUUAAAGGAAAAGCCUCGGACGCUAUCUCGAAUUUUUUUUGACCAAAGUCGUGACGGGAUCUUGUUUGUUUUUUGUUUUUGUUUUUUUUCCAAACUGUCCACAGACAGAACAGGAGUGAAUGUUACAACACGUCCUGAUUGGCCGGCAGAGACACGUGGACAAAAUGUUCGUCUCUCUCUAGUGAAUGUGUCCAGACCGAAGUGUCCAAGACGAAUGUUUGACGGACAAAAGCGUUUCGUGAGAACAAGUGAAUGUUGGACAAACAGAUUCAGGACUCGUGGAUUUUAAGAAAAAACUAAACAAAAACUCUACUGAAUGUAAGAAGAGGAAGGACGAGGGCAUUAAUUUAUAUUGCUGCUGCUGCUGCACCAAUAAGGAGGUCAAGGACGCCGUUAACAACCAAAUCUACCAAAUACCAAGGUGGUUGGAGACGACGAGUAUUGUUUCAGUUCAUGCAAACACAACCUCAUACUCAGCCAGUAUUGUCUUUAUACCAGUAGUUGCAGAAACGCCAGUCAAAUAGGGAAUAAAAGCGUCUUUAUCCCAUUGUGCAAAAGGAGGAAGGAGUAACCAGAGCCUCACAUCUGCAAUGGCUUUAACACUCUGUCUUAAUUUAAAGCUCUACGGAGGCAAAAGUGUUCACUGCGCACUGAAAUCACAACUGAAUGAUUAACGUCAGCGGUUUAUUCAAUUCAGCCAAAACACUAAAUUUUUUGAUUUUGUUUUGUUCUGCGACCAAAAUUGACUCGAAUGUGUCUCCUGAGGGGACUUUGUGCUCGGCCAAUCACACGUGUAGCAUUAGCAUUAGCAUGACAGAUUAAUGGGUGAGAUUUAUUCCCGAUGGCUACCCGAGAAUACAACACGCAGGGUACAUUCUUGAUACCAAAACUUUUAUUUGAAAAGCUAUCGACGGCAAAGAAAAUAUUCCUGAAGUCUGUUUUCUCAUGCGACACUAGCAGCUUAAUCAGUGGUGGCCUAUAAUGGACUGAUGCUAACAAGCUAAUAAGUCCCUUGAUGCUAAGGAGGAUGAGGAUUGAACACGUCCAUCCACCGCCACUAUUUUCCCCACACUCCUACCACAAGAGGGCGCUAUUUAUUCACGCCCUUUUUAGAAAACACUAUAUGUGACAAGACCCCAUUUGAAGGCUCAACCCUUUUAGACCUAAACAUGCGCCUGCAGAUAAGCAAAAGCUAGCUUUUUUUUUUUUUUUUUUUUUUAAUUACCGUAACUCACCCAAUAGUUUGUGCUAUUGACAAAAUUCAAAGUGUGGUUGAAAACUGGGAAGUUGCAUUUUCUGGAAAAAAAAAAAGAAGCUGCCAUUAUGGUAAUGAUACCAAGGAAAAGAGAGAGAAGUUGUUUGGAUGGUGGAAUCAGGAGUUUGUUGGGUCUUGCAGAAAAAAAGCACAACCUCCCAGUGUUCAGCCACAGGUUGAAUUUAGUCAAAACCAUUGGUGAGUUACAGUAAUUCAAAUACUGCAGCUUGUUUUUUUUUUUUGUUUCGAUGUCUGAAAGGGUUAAACCUGCACUGAACUGUAGCAUUACUAUGCUUUUUUUUUUUUUUUUAACUAUUGAUGUGGUUUAAAUCAACAAAUCAUGAAAUAUAAUGAAUUAUUAAUCCAACAGGCUGCCGUUGCCUGGCAACACCGCCAGGGUUUUAGCACUGACUAGUGUUAUUCCAGGCGUGGGGGGGGGGGGGGGGGGGGGGUUUGUGUAAUCAUGUAACAUAGUGUAAAUACAAAGAGGAUGUACAUAUUGAGCUUUUUAUAAGGGAUGAGAAUCAAUAAAGAUGAGUUUUAUAUGA